CAAAUCAGUAUUGAUCCGAUUAGCAGUCGGAUCAAUUGCAAACUUCCGUUACUUUUAACAUUUUAACUCCUUAUUCAUAAUUAAAUUUACAACUUUUUUUUAAGUUUACUAAUUAUAGAAUUAAAUAUUUUGGUAAUAACUGAGUGCGUUAGAAGUAUUAUUUAGUAAUUAUAAAGGUAAGAAAAAAAUUUCACAAUGAACCAGAUAGAAAAUAACAUUUCUGUUCUAACGAAAAGUGCGAGAGAAAUAACCGAAAAAAGUGAGAGGCAACGGGAAAAGAUAAAAAUUGAAAAAUCUCCAAAUAAAUUAUUCCAAUGGUUACAAGUUCAAAUUGCCUCAAGAGAUGGGGAGGCAAAAUCUCAAAAGCAAAACGAAAAAACUUUUAAUCCCUUCACCGAACGUGAUAUAAAAAAUCCAACAACAGAUGGUGAAACAUUUACUCACUUGUUGAAAGCAUGCCUUGGAACUGGAAUUCUUUCGAUGCCAUUUGCAUUUACUUAUUCUGGACUUCUUAUUGGCCUCGUGGCAACAUUUCUUGUAGGAUUCGUUUGUACUCAUUGCUCCUAUAUUUUAGUAAAAUGCGCCCACACAUUAUAUUAUCGUACAAGAAGAACACAAAUGAGUUUUGCAGACGUUGCCGAAGUGGCAUUCGCCACUGGACCUAAAUGGGGAAGAAAAUAUUCAACUUUCUUCAGGUACUUCAUUCAGAUCUGUCUAUUCGUAACUUACUUCGGAGCAGUGAGCGUCUACACAGUAAUAAUUGCAAAAAAUUUCCAACAAGUUUUAGAACAUUAUGCUAAUAUACAAAUAAAUAUACGACUUUUAAUAGCGUGCUUAUUACUUCCGCUAAUUGUUUUAUGCUGGAUUCCGAAUUUAAAAUAUCUCGCACCAUUCUCCAUGGUUGCCAACGGUUUCAUGGGUGUCAGUUUGGCAAUUACGUUUUAUUACAUGAUUAAACAUCUUCAUCCCUUAAAGGAAGUACCAUUAGUUCAAAACUACGAAUUAUUCCCGAAUUUUAUUAGUAUCACUAUUUUCGCCAUGGAAGCAAUAGGUGUGAUGAUGCCUCUAGAAAAUAAUAUGAAAACGCCGCAAAAUUUUGUGGGAAUUUUCGGUGUUCUCAAUAAAGGAAUGUUUGUAGUUACUGUAAUUUAUGCCCUUUUGGGAUUUAUGGGUUAUUGUGCAUUUCUCGAAAAGACAAAAGAUACCAUCACUUUGAAUCUUGGAGAAGAACUUCCCGCCCAACUUGUAAAAUUAUUUAUUGCCAUCGCCGUAUUUCUCACUUUUGGUCUGCAAUUUUUCGUCUGCCUGGAUAUUGUUUGGAAUGGACUGAAAGAACGUUUUGAAAAAAAGAAAAUUGCCGCAAAUUAUUUUGUUAGGACUGCCAUAGUGACCAGCGCGGUUCUUUUGGCAAUUGCAGUGCCGACAAUCGGACCAUUCAUCAGUCUAAUAGGCGCAUUUUGUUUCUCGAUCCUUGGACUUUUAAUUCCAAUCAUAAUUGAAACGGUGACCUACUGGGAUAUUGGUUUUGGUCCAGGAAAUUGGAUGAUGAUAAAGAAUAUAAUUAUUGGCAUUAUUGGACUCAUAGCUGUUGUUGUUGGCUCAAAAAAUGCCAUAUCAGACAUAAUUGCCCAGUUUUCUGUGUGAAAAUAAAUCUUGAAAAAAGAAAAUAAUGUACAAUUUCACCCGCAAGAAAAUUACAAAUGAUUCUAUAGAUUUACUUAUUUAAAUAAUACGUUGAGAAUGAGGAAUAAAAAUUGCUACUUAUUAUGUACAAAAAGAGAUUGUUGAACAUCAAGAAGAAGAGGAAGAAAAAAAGGAACUUGAGAUGAAAACCACGACUGAAGAAAAUAACUUUUAUAAUCAUUGACGAGAACUAUAUACUUUUAUAAACUUUAUAACUUGAAAUGAAGUCAAAACGGAAUUAUUUUUCCGAUUUAAUGCCAAUCCAAAGAGGAUUCGUGUCUAAAGUAGAAAAAAAAUCGAACUCGAAAGCCGCAAGUAUACUUUUUAUUAUCGCACGAAAAAAGUAUCUCCCAAUUUAACUCAUCGAAACCAGUGGAAAUAUUUAAUAUUAAUUUAUUUAAUAUGCGUAGAAAAAAAUUCUUAUGCUCUACUUAUUAAAUCGAAGAUAAGCUUUUUUUUACUUAUAAAAAUUUAGGAUAAAUUUAGUUGUAAUUUCUACAAGAACAAAAUAUAAUUCGAAUUUUUGAAAAUUUA